AUGGAGCAAAACACUCUCAAAAGGCGAGGCGUCAGCCUGACUGGUGUCGACAAGAAACGUUCACUUGGAGGCUUUACGGUCUUUUGUCCGUUGACUAGUGACAUAGCCCAUCUCAUCGACAUUGACGGCGAAGAAGUACAUGCCUGGAAGCUCCCAGGCAGGAUCGGCCGCCAUGCCAGAAUUCUACCGAGUGGGAAUCUCGCCGUUAACACCCUUCGUCCACCCUCCGAACAGACCGCCACUGAUGGAGGACCCUUUCCGUUCCCUUUUUUCAACAAGUAUGGUGGAGACGUGAUGUCUGAACUCGACCCAGAUGGAAAUAUUGUUCGCCAAUCUAUUGAUCCCUUGGGGCACCAUGACCUAUAUCAUUAUGGCGACGGUCGGAUGCUUUAUACCUCCCUGGAGGCUCUAUCUCCCGAAGAUUCAGCAAAGGUGAUUGGAGGAGUACCAAACACUGAGAUUGAUGGAACAACUUAUGCCGACACCAUCAACAAAGUUGAUGAAGCUGUUAAUCUCAUUUGGCAAUGGAAAGUUUCCGAGCGAUUACGGAGAGAGGAAUUUCCGCUUCAGGCGCAUUAUACACGCGAACACUAUUCCCUGAUCAACUCUGUUCUGCCUUUGCGAGAUGGAAAACAUAUUCUCGCACCCAUGCGAUCUGUUUCAGCCGUCGUUAUUAUUGAACGGUCCACCGGAAACAUUGUUUGGAAAGUUGGAUCUGAGGUCCUGGCGCAGCAGCACAAUGCUAGAGAGAUGGAAAAUGGUAACAUCCGCAUAUUUGAGAAUGGUGCUUUUCGUCAUGGAAAGUCAAUCACAUACACUUGA